AUGGCCGUCGGGCCACCGACGGGAGGAUCUGGCAAUCCUCCGCACCCGGCACCACCGGUACAACCGCACCCGAUCCUCGCCCCGAGCCCACUCUUUGCCUUACCGACGCUUAACUUCACCGCGUCGCAGGUCGCGACCGUCUGCGAAACGCUGGAGGAAUCCGGCGACAUCGAGCGGCUGGCCCGGUUCCUCUGGAGCCUGCCGGUGGCCCACCCGAAUGUGACGGAGCUUGAUCGCUCCGAGGCCGUGCUGAGGGCGCGAGCCAUCGUCGCCUAUCACACUGGCCAUUUUCGUGAGCUGUACUCGAUAUUGGAACGGCACAAGUUCACGAAAACGUCCCACGGCAAGCUGCAGGCCAUGUGGCUCGAGGCGCACUACCACGAGGCGGAGAAGCUGCGAGGACGACCGCUGGGACCCGUCGAUAAGUAUCGCGUCCGGAAGAAAUUUCCGCUCCCGCGUACGAUCUGGGACGGUGAGCAGAAGACGCACUGCUUCAAGGAGCGGACGCGCAGUUUGCUGCGCGAAUGGUACCUCCAGGAUCCGUAUCCGAACCCGACGAAGAAGCGAGAGUUGGCCCAGGCGACCGGACUCACCCCGACGCAGGUGGGAAAUUGGUUUAAAAACCGACGCCAGCGGGACCGUGCGGCGGCAGCGAAAAAUAGACACAAUCAGCCACCACUUUCCGGUUCCGGAUCGUCCUCUCUGACGCCUCGACGAGGUGAUGGACCGCUGUCUCCAACCGACACGGACUCCGAUUCGGACAUCUCGCUCGGUACACACUCGCCAGUUCCUAGUAUGUCGAUGCAGCACAGCCCAAGCUCGCUGCCAGGCUCCAGCGAGGAUCGGCUGACGGAUGAUCGUGAUCGCGAGAAGGACUUCCGGAGUAGCUUCGCGUCGUUGCAUUCCUUCCGCUUCGGUGACCAUCUCACUGGUGGCCUGUUACCUGGUUCGUUCAACAGUAGAUUCAUGCCUUAUCGCCUGGGUGACAAUUCACCCCCCAUCAACACCCACUCACCCCCGAUCGGUCUGACGCAUCUACCCCUCACCCCAACCGUGCUACGGCCCCAGCCUCACCUGCCCCAUUCGCUCGCCGUUAGCGCAGCUUCGAUGGGUGGCCCAGGUGUCCUUACGACCGUCGUCAGUAUGAGUGAUUCGCCGGGAAGCAACAGCAGCGCAACCUCGGCUUCCCUCAACAACGUUCCUGCCGCCGGUGGUCCACCCACCACACCCACGCUGAGCGGAGGUCCUGCCGGAGGUUCCCUCAAGGACCUUUCGCAUGCGGGUGAUCUUUCGUCGAGUGAUCCACGUCCUGGGACGCCCAGCUCCGUUGGAAGCAACCAUAAUAUCGGCACACCCACCGGCACCUCGACGGGGGGUAGUGCACCCCCACCCUCACACCUACAACCGAUGUCCCCGCUCAGAAUAAGGGUCAGUUCACCGUCACGGUUGAACGCGGAGUUGCUUCACCACGCGGCAGCCGCUGCAGCGGCUGCAGCAGCUGCCACCCAACCACCCCAACACCACCCACUACCCCUGCAUCAUCCCCACCAUCCACUGCAUGUGCAUCAUCACCCACACCACGCGCACCACCUGCCGCAUCAUGCGCAUCAAACGCACGUUCAUCACCACGCGGCAGCCCUAACCGCGGCCAGUAUGAUGAACGGGUUGAACGCUAGUGGGAUUGUGCGGAUUGUCCCUGGUACCACCAACACCUCCACCACGACGACCUCGCUCAUCCACCGGCCCUUCUCGCCGUCCCCAAAACCGAAGGAAGCGUCGUGA